GGCUUUUAUUACCAAGAGGUUUGGGUCGUCCUUUCCAAAUUCACAAGUCAUAAUGCAGACAGACAGACAGACAGACAGAUAGAGGCACUACAAUGGCCAUGCAGACAGACAGGCAGACAGACAGAUAGGGCCACUACAAUGGCCAUGCAGACAGACAGAUAGGGGCACUACAAUGACAAUGCAGACAGACAGACAGACAGACAGACUGAGGCACUGUUAACAGUUGAAUGUGAUUUUGUUUAUUAAUAACACAGUGUAACAAUUUUUUUUUUUUUUUUGGUUCCUGGGUAGGAAGUGUUAUUUCCUAAUUGCUUAUGCCUCAAAAGUAUAGAAAAUGGCUAUUAUUCCCCACAAACUUUGCUUUUGUGACCAGGACAGUGAUAUUUUGAAAUUUACCUAUUUUCCAGAACAUUCCAGAUAGAUUCAGUGCUGAAUAAACUUGGAGUAACUUCUAGAACUUUCUAGAACUUUCCAGUAAUAUAAAUAGUAGUAUAAAUACAGGGGCCUUAAGCCCACCAGUUCAGUUUAGUUCCAGCUGCCUAAGUGGAUACAUAUCUGCAUUUUUCUGAGAUGGCAUCAAGAGGCUGCAAGCAUCCGGCAGACGCAUUUUGCUAUGUCUGCGGCCAAUUUAUCAAGACAAGAGCGAAAAAGUACUCAGUGGAAGCAUCUGCUAAGAUGUGUGAGGCCUACAAGGCAUAUUUCGGCAUGCCUGUCGGGGAUCAAGACAAACCCUGGGCACCUCAUUUCACCUGCGAGCACUGCAAAAAAACUCUGGAAGGAUGGUACAGAGGGGAAAAGAGAGCCAUGAAGUUCGCUAUCCCAAGAAUUUGGUGGGAACCCACUGACCACUCAAGCAACUGCUACUUCUGCAUGGUGGACCCUUCCAAACGUCGGACUGGCAAGAAUGCACCUGCUAUCACGUAUCCGGACCUUCCUUCAUCCAUCGCCCCGGUGCCACACUGCCAUGAGCUCCCCGUACCCACUCCUCCAGAGAGAGAGCAGCCGUCUUUAGAAGAGAGCAGCAAGUCAGAGAGCGAGGAAGACGUUGUAGAUCCAGAUGACAAUUUCAGAGGUGGAGCUGAGGAGAGAAACGCAUACUACCCCAACCAAAAACACCUCAACGACUUGAUUAGAGAUCUUGGUCUCACCAAGUCUAAUGCCGAGCUUUUGGCGUCUAGGCUCAAGCAGUGGAACUUGUUGGAUGAAAGUGUGCAAGUCGCAGAUCAGAGGAAGCGUCACCAACCUUUUUCCAGCUUCUUCACCCGUCAAGAUGGGCUCUGCUUCUGCCACAAUGUGACCAGUCUGUUCGAGGCAAUCGGAAUCGCCUGUAACCCGAAUGAGAGGAGCAAGGCGAGCGCUUCCACCAGGAUAUACUGGACCUUGAACGCCGCUACCAAGGACAGUAUAACGAGAACAUGAUGGGAGACUACAUUUGGGGGCUGAUUCGUGAAAGUGAUUUACAGUAUAAUUGUAAAUCUCGAAAAACUACUCACUUCUAAAUCUUUUGUAGUCAUUUUUGUAUUACUUUAGUAUAAAUACAUGUUAAUUUGGAUUCAUAUGUUGUUUUUUUCUGACUUUAUGUGAACGAAAAGACACAGAUUCACCCGUUUUCUCAUUGGAAAUAGGUAAAUUUCAAAAUAUCAAUGUCCUGGUCACAAAAGCAAAGUUUGUGGGGAAUAAUAGCCAUUUUCUAUACUUUUGAGGCAUAAGCAAUUAGGAAAUAGCACUUACUACCCAGGAACAAAAAUUGUGUUACAUAGUGUUAAUGAAUGUGUUUAUUUAUUUGGUCUUGUAAUUGGGGGGGUGCGAGUCUGUUUUAGUCUGGAGUUAUUUUUCAAUCAGGCAUUUGUUUCCUCGGUCGCUGGCAACGCCAGUCUGUGAGCGGAUUCUUCCACAGCGGAGUCGGAUCCUUCUUUGUCUCUGAGAAG